UAGGUUACAAGUUACAAAUAAGGCGGAGAAGAUAUCUGCAUCAUUUUGAGUGUGGCGUUUGGGAAUGGUUUGAGAAAAUAAAAUACCAUCAAAAUACGUUUAGCGUUUGAGUUGAAAUCAAACUGAACAAGAAAAAUUGACAUAAUAAAUAGUAUAUUCAGUAGUUUGUCAAAAUGAAUGACGAAAGUAGUGAAGAAAAACGAAAACGAAUAUCUGUUGGUCUUUACAUUAGUUGUCCUGCUAGUAUAAAACAAGCUAUCGACUCUGCCAUAGAAUCUGGGUAUCAUUUCAUAAUCACACAAUUGACGCAUCCAAAUUAUUCCAGAGAGUUGAAAAGCAAAGCUCCCCGUGCUAUAGGCAGAACUGAUCGUGUUCUUCGAAGUUCAGAAUGGAACAGGUUAAUUGUUGGGGAAUUGACCCAUGUAGAUGUUGACAGUGAAGUGGAACACAUUCAAGAACACAGUAAAGACAUAUUAACACAAGAGCUAGGCUUUGCCUCACAUUUGGGUGUUCCAGCAAUAUGGAUUUCACUAACCAAACCGAACAACAUACAGUUGGCUCGUAUAUUACAUGAUAAGUUGGUAACAGGUUUUAGUUACAGUGUUUGGGUUAAUGUACCUCUCAUUCACCCUUCUAGGUUUAGCCCAAUUUGUGAAACAAAAUUAGAUUCUUGGGAUUUGUGGAAUGAUUUCAGGACACUUUGUAAUUAUGAUAAACGUUUAGGAUUAGUGUUAGAUUUGUGUGACAUCAAACAUGCAGUACCGAAUUCAGAAGUAAACAGAUGGAUUGGGGAACCUGUUAAAGCAAUUGUGAUUCCCACUUCGUACUUUCUUACAAAUCAAUAUGGGAAACCUGUUUUGUCCAGAUUGCAUCAAGAAAUUAUAAAGAAAUUCAUGAGCGUUGAUGUGCAGUAUGUUAUCAAACAUGAUUGUGAUGGGGAUUUAUCUUUAUAUGUAAGGUAUUUGUACUUUCUCGGUAAAAAGUUAUAUGUUCAGGAUACAAUGUCGGAGUUUGUUCAUGGCUGUGAGGACUUUCUGCAAAAUCCCUUGCAACCCCUAACUGAACAUCUAGAAACAAACAUUUAUGAAAUUUUUGAAAAGGAUCAGGUCAAAUAUGAUACAUAUCAAAGUGCUAUUUAUAAAGCUCUUGAAGCUUUCCCAAAAGACAAUGACGAAGUUCCAGUUGUGAUGGUUGUAGGAGCUGGUAGGGGGCCCUUGGUCCAAGCAGUUUUAAACGUUUCCUAUACAUUAAAUAGAAAAGUGAAUGUGUAUGCCGUUGAAAAAAAUCCCUAUGCUAUAAACACACUAGUUGAUCGAGUCAAUAAUGAAUGGGCAAAUAAAGUGACACUCAUCAACGAAGAUAUGAGGAAUUAUCAGCCACCAGAGAAGGCGGAUAUUCUGGUUUCAGAACUAUUAGGAUCAUUUGGAGAUAACGAACUUUCUCCUGAGUGUCUUGAUGGGGCCCAGAGAUUUUUGAAAAAAACUGGUUUAUCUAUUCCUAUGUCAUACACAUCCUAUAUUGCUCCAAUUCAAAGUAUCAAAAUUUACAAUGAAAUUCGAACGAACCGUCCAGCUGAUAAAACAUUACAGUAUUGUUAUGAAACACCAUAUGUUGUCCACCUUGCAAACUAUUACCAAAUCGCACCUCCCCAAGAGCUUUUCACUUUUACACAUCCAAACUGGAGUGAAAAGGUGAACAAUCAAAGAUUCAAGAGACUAAAGUUCAAGAGUGAACAGGCGUGUGUCCUGACAGGAUUUGCAGGGUUUUUUGAAACAAUACUUUUCAAAGACAUCACCCUCAGCAUCCAUCCAGACACUCAUACCCCUGAUAUGGUCAGUUGGUUUCCUAUUGUAUUUCCAUUACAAGAACCAGUACACGUUGAAGAGGGUGGUAUGAUUGAAUUGUCAUUUUGGAGGUCAGAAUCUGAAGAUAAAGUGUGGUAUGAGUGGUGCAUACAUUCACCAGUUAAAACGGGAAUCAUGAAUCCAAAUGGCAGGUCAUAUUUCAUCAAGAAACAUUGAGAAAUGUACUAGAUAUGUAAUUUUGAGGUACCAUAUGAUAUCAGUUGUUUUUAUUGAGAAUGUUUCUUUUUUUUCUUAUUUUGUAGUUCAUUUUGAAUAAAAACCAACUAAGUUCAAUGA